AACUUGGAAGCAGAAGAAAAGAAGAGAAAAGCAAAAGAGGAGUUGAAGACAAGAGAAGAGAAAUUUCUUAAUUUUCGUCUUUCCCAGUAGAAUUCCCAGCCUCGAAGAAUUGAAAAGGAUCUAUUUGACGUCAUUCUCAACCCUAAUCCAUUGAACUCGACUCGGAAAUGUCAAUCUACAAGCUCUAAAGUCACAGCGAGAGGGGAGAAUCUCAAUACAGAGGCAAUGGAUGAGAAGCAGCAACUGGUGGAAGAGGAGGAUCGGAGCAGUGAGAGCGGGGACUAUACGUCGGAGGACGAAGGAACUGAGGAUUAUCGGCGCGGUGGCUACCACGCGGUGCGAAUCGGUGACACCUUCAAGAAUGGUCGUUAUGUUGUCCAGAGUAAGCUGGGUUGGGGCCAUUUCUCCACCGUCUGGCUCGCUUGGGACACGCAAAAAUCUCAUUAUGUAGCUUUGAAGGUACAAAAAAGUGCUCAACACUACACUGAAGCUGCCAUGGAUGAGAUAACCAUCUUGCAACAGAUUGCAGAUGGAGACCCUGAUGAUAAAAAAUGUGUGGUAAAGCUUUUGGAUCAUUUUAAGCAUUCAGGUCCAAAUGGACAGCAUGUUUGUAUGGUUUUUGAGUACUUAGGGGAUAACCUUUUGACCCUUAUCAAGUAUUCUGAUUAUCACGGCAUGCCAAUUCAUAAGGUUAAAGAGAUCUGUUUCCACAUUUUAGUGGGUUUGGAUUAUUUGCACAGACAACUUUCUAUCAUACACACUGAUCUUAAGCCUGAGAAUAUAUUGCUAUUAUCAAUGAUUGACCCAUCAAAGGAUCCAAGAAAAUCCGGUGCUUCUCUUAUUCUUCCAAAUAGUAAGGACAAGACUAUAGUGGAAUCCGUGAUUGCAAAACUAAAUGGAGAUUUGACGAGAAAUCAAAAGAAAAAGAUACGAAGAAAGGCUAAGAAAGCAGCAAAGGGGUGUGUGGAGAAGGAAGUUUCUGUUGAAGCUGAUGCAGAUCCCGAAACAUCUGCUUCAGAGGAGUUGUCUGUCAAUGCUAAAACAAAUGUGGGUUCUGCUGAAGAUCGGCCUACUAGUUCUGACAAUAUAAACAGAGUAUUUGAUGCUGAUGGAACAAAGAACAUUGGAUUAGAAGAUCAGGGUAAUAAGAGAGGAAGCCGUACCACUAGGCAGAAACUACUGACCUCAGUUGACCUGAAAUGCAAAUUGGUGGACUUUGGAAAUGCUUGUUGGACAUACAAACAGUUUACAAAUGAUAUCCAGACAAGACAAUACCGGUGUCCAGAGGUGAUACUUGGAUCUAAAUAUUCCACAUCAGCUGAUCUUUGGUCCUUUGCUUGCAUUUGUUUUGAGCUUGCAACUGGUGAUGUGCUUUUUGACCCCCACAGUGGUGACAACUUUGACAGGGAUGAGGACCACUUAGCAUUGAUGAUGGAGCUCCUUGGAAUGAUGCCGCGCAAGAUUGCCUUGGGUGGCCGCUAUUCUCGGGACUUCUUUAAUAGAUAUGGUGACUUGAGGCAUAUACGUAGAUUGCGUUUCUGGCCCUUGAACAAGGUUCUAAUGGAGAAGUAUGAAUUCAAUGAGAAGGAGGCAAAUGACAUGACCGAUUUCUUGGUUCCUAUACUUGAUUUUGUCCCUGAGAAGCGGCCAACUGCUGCUCAGUGCCUUCUUCAUCCAUGGAUCAGUUCAGGUCCUCGUCUUUUAGAGCCAUCCAUGCCAUCUCGUCAAAAUGAAGCCUUGGAAGGUCUAAACUCCGAAAAACAGAAGAGGGAGCAGGAUGAGAGGGAGGCAAUGGAAAUAGGAAUCGGGAAUAUUGCAAUCAAUGCUGAUACUAAAGCAGUUAAAGAUUCUCCUUCUGGUAUUAAAUUUUCCAAGACAGCCAUAGCUAGCUCAUCUAAGUAGGACUGGCCUAUGGGACUAGCAAUCUUCUCCUCCUUAUCAUCCAUAUGCUGUUUUCUGCAACAGCAGAUGGUGUUCUGGCAAGGCGUGAUUACUUCAGGCAAUGGUUUAAUUUCAAUAUUAAAUUUUUAAUGGGCAAGGAAUGGAAUGAAAUGGAUGUCAAGUGGCUCUGAUGCCACUGCCGGUUUAGGCAGAGCAUUAUAUUAAACAAAAACGGAUACCAUGGGAGAAUACUUUUUCAAGAACAACUAUUGGAGUGUACACCAUCCAUCCAUGAAGAAUUGGUCGCAUGAAGCCUUUGCUACAAACUCUGUUUGUGAAGAUUGUUCAUUUUAUGUAAUACAGGUACUGGUUUACAUCUCUGAAAUUACUGGAACUAUAGAUACAUUACUUAAAUUCUAUCAUUUUUUGCCUUCAGCAAAA